AUGAGACUUCUCUUUGAGAAGGUCCGGCGCCUGGAGAAUGAGCAGCAGCGCAACCACCAACCCCUCUGGGCGAAGCCGCGACCUGGGCCCUUUACCGAACGCAUCCUUAAUUACCACCAAGAGAAGGAAAUCCAGCCCCUCCGCAUCGCCUUCUACACUGGCACAGAGGAUCCCCUCACCCACAUACAUUCUUUCCAGUCUGCCAUGGGAUGCAAAGGCUUAACGGACGAAGGCAUGUGCCUCCUCUUCCCAUCUACCCUCAGCGGGGCGGCCCUGAAUUGGUUCUACAGGCUGAGCCCCCGCACCAUCAAUACGUUUGACAGUCUGAAGCAGGCCUUCCUGGACCAUUUCAUGAUCCAGACUGAUCGCCUCUACUCUGCGGACGACCUGUACAUGCUUAGGCAGGGUGAGGAUGAGCCCCUUCGGGAGUAUGCAGCCAGGUUCAGCCACGAGUACUCCCCGCUGCCCAGAGACUGA